AGUUCACGCGCUCUUUGAAAUCAGCCUCGUGCCGUACCCUCAGCGUGCCUGUCCCACACCUGUGCAGGAUUGUGAGGAAACAGAGAAGCGGGACGGGGGGAAGAAAUGAACUUAUCUCACUGGAAUUUGGAUACAGAAGUACCCGUUCCUGAAAAUAAAAACCUCCCACCUGGAAGGGAUGGUGCCACAGGUGACAAAAUGAACAAGAACCAGUUGGAAAUUCCAGUAGAGCAACUCAUGCUGGAACUUACUUUGUCAGAGCAUGUUCCCAAAAGAACACAGAAUAGUAAACAAGGGAUAUUCCAGGUACGGAGUUAUCCUCUCAACAAAGGAAGUGCUACGGAGAACAGGGAUUUCAAAAAAUCUUCAGUGGAAACUGGCUGUAAUGUGACCAGUAAUCGCAUAAGGCUCUUCGCUGUGAACCACUCACUAACAAGUGCUUCAGUGGACAAGCCAGUUGGCUCCUACCCUGCCCUGCAGACGCCAUUAAGUCACUGCUGGCCUUAUGCUGAUGGAGACUUUUUUAAGGACAGAAAUGAGCCUCAUAUUAAUUUAUGCUCAACUCUAGGAAACAACAGUGGCAAACUUUCAACUGCGCCAAAUUGGAAUCUGAAGUAUGGAAGCAGCAGUGUGGAAGAAAAUUUAACAGAUGAAAGUGAUUUAUCAGAAAAUGAAAAAGCAAACGAUACUUUACUCAGCUAUUUUAAAAAGAUGGACCUGAACUUAAAGCCAGAAACAAUAGAAAAUGUUGAAGACUCUUUCACAGAAGAACCAAGUGAAGUAUUUCCAUAUCCUGAUUUUCUUCCCCCUCCUUUCAAUACCCUGGACUUGCACAAAUUAGCCAUCUCAAAAUCUGAAAAUUGGAAAAUGACAGUGGAGCCUCUAGACAGCUCUCUGGAACAUUUGGUAGCUCGUUUACUGGACUUAGAGAGAUUGCAGCGCAUGACUAUUCAAAGAGAACGGCCGAGACUGCAGACUUCCUUCUGUGCUCCCUUAGCCACCGAACAGCCCUCUUCCUCCAAAGCUGUACCCAGAAUGAGACAGCCCAGACCUUCCGACUCUGGGGGUCUUCAGACAACUUGUGUAGAGAAAAGUCACGAGGAAAGGAAAACCAAUUCUGGUUCUUGCAAGCUUGAAUACAGUGCUCCCAAGUGGGAUUGCAGCCGUGCUGGGAAGUACACGUGGAAUUCUAGACCAGCUCUGAAAACCUCACCCACCACAAAACAGGUGAUUGCAGCUUACGACGACUUUAAGAACCCCAAGGUCUCCAUUUUAAACCCACGCGGAGAACUGUCAGCCGAGCCUGCUCCUGCCGAGACAGCUCGGGUGCUGGUUAAAAUGCUCUCACCCAGAUGUCUGCCACCAAAGUCUCCUACACCAGUCUCACCUAUACCUCUGUCUUUUCCUGAAAAUCAGAGGGAAGAAAUUAAGGCACCACCAAGGACCGGAAAGAAACAUUACCGAAAAGACAUGGUACCGAACAGACCAUUCUAUAUUCAGAAGCUAAACUGUUAAUCACCUUCGUUGAUAGCUAAGGAUAAGUGCUCAUCCAUCGACCAAAAAUAACUUUUCUUUCCUGCAUCUCAAUGUGAGCAAGUCUAUUCCAAGAAGCCUGGCAAAAAUAUGGUUCCUCAACACACACACACACACACACACACACACACACACACACACACACAAUUCCUGAAUGUGCUGUGGAGUGGAACUUGUGACAGUCGCAGCUGAGAUGUCUACAUAUAAACCAGGGGCUUCCCUGAUGACAUAUUUGAGUCUCUUACAUGUUGUUUCACAGGAAUGUUUCACUUGGAAAACCGUUCUAUUCAAGAUGGUUCUUUUGUUGUGACUGUUUCCCAGUGUG